CCCACACGUCAUUGCGAAAGACGCCGGUCCUGAAACUGCCCAGUACCAGAUCCCGUACACUGCUCUGCUCGAACAAAUACAGGACUCCCGACAUCCUCUCUUUCGUCACCCUCGCAAUUUCUCCCUCCACGUUCGCGCCUGCGCCUCGACGUACCACACCCGCAUUGACAGCAGGACUUGUGACCACGUCAAUCUUAUACGGCUCGAUCCAGCCACCGUCAUCGCUGCGAAACACCGUGACGGCGGGCGAGUAGAUCAUGGCGUGCAAGUAGUACCCGCCUCGAGGGUUCUUGGUGUGGAGGUCGUAGAACUGCUGCGCUGUGCGCGUGAUGAGGGUAGGGUAGUUUGUAGGGGAGCGCGAUGGACUCUUCCUGCGCUUGUGCGCCUGUGAGGAACCCACCACCGGGCUUCUUCGCGGACACAAAGUUGAGCACUCCGAUUUUGCGAUCGGGUAACGGCGACGUGGCUGCAGAUGAUGUUCGAACAGCGAGACUGCGCGCUCCCUCGAGUGUAGAUACCUCGAUGAUCGACAACUCUCCUCGCGGUGGAUCGCCGACGCGUUGAGGUGAUGUUGUCAAGGACCUUGCUGAAGCAUCGACUCCGGAGCGUAGUAUCGUGUUCUCUCAGCUGAAAAGUGGACUGUCAACUGGAGGUCAUACCGGGACCCGUUCAGCGUAUAUGAGCCCUGUUUGAUAGCUUCAAGAGUGGCAUUGGCUAUGCCUUGUAGCCUGGUACGACGCUUGUCAUAGUUGGAAGAAGUAGUGCUUGAGCCUCUGGCGGAAGAUUAAGACAACUUUUUGGCUGGAAAAUAUAGAAGAUGGACAAAGAGGAGGUC